AUGACAUCAUUAUUAGAAGUGGUUAAUAAAGUGGACUCAUUCCCUUAUGGUGGUAAGGGAAACUACUAUACAUUGAAUUCUCAUGAUGGGGUUGCCAUUGGUUAUUUAUCACCAAUUAUUGUGGAAUUAUUUACCAAGGAGAAGGAAUUCAUUGUAGAUCAUAGUGCAAAGACAGUAUCAAUUGAUAAAUCAAUGGAUACGUUUGAGAAGAGAAAUCAGCUUUUCGAACAAGUAGGAUUGAAAUGGAAAGAAAUAGAACAUUUGGAAUUGAAACAUGGAUGGAGAAAUGAAUUGUAUACGGUUUAUAAUCCUACUAAUACUCCAUAUUUAUUACUUGAAAGAGCCUUUUCCGUGUUAUUGGGAGUGGUUACUUAUGGAACCCAUAUCAAUGGUUAUGUACCACCACAAAAAUCAAGUAACGGUAAAUUGAAAAUGUGGAUACCCAGAAGAUCUCCAAAUAAACCAACAUAUCCUGGUAUGUUGGAUAAUACUGUGGCUGGAGGAUUGGGAUAUCCUUAUGGAUUAUGGGAUACUGUGGUCAAAGAAUGUUUUGAAGAAGCUGGGCUUCCUGAAGAUUUCGUGAAAAGUAAGUCCAAAAGCGUUGGAGUUCUACUGUAUAUGUAUGUUCCUUCUUCAGGUAUUGAAAGAGUGCAACCAGAAGUUGAAUACAUCUAUGAUUUGGAAUUCGAUGAUGAAACCACCAUCACUCCACACCCUGAAGAUGGAGAAGCUGAAGAUUUCACCUUAAUGGAUACAGAUGAAAUAUUGAAACGAUUAAAUAACCAUGAAUUCAAACCAAACUGUGGAUUGGUUAUUAUUGAUUUCCUUAUUAGACACGGUAUCUUAACCCCUUCAGAUGACACAAAUUUCCUCCAAAUUCAAUCUAAGAGUCACAGGUUCUUACCAUUCCCUACCAUGUAA